AUGAGAAGAUGUGGUCCAAGACCAUGCAUGGAAACUCGCAAUUCCAAAAGCCCUCCUCUCUACGCUGGACGUGGGAGUCACCCGAUGGAGGGUAUCAUAAUGAAAUUGACCACGUCAUCGUCAGUGAAAGAUUUUGCCGGACGGAUGUCGCUGUUGUACCAAAGUUUUAUACGGGAUCGGAUAAUCGCCUUCUUAGAGGAAGAUUUUCUUUCACACAGAGAGCAGAAAAAGCCGCGAAGUUCACCAAGCGAACUCCCAGAACUACCAUCGACUGGGAGCUCUUCGCUUCGCCAGUCGGCUUUUGAGAGGACACGGUCGUGGACAACAUCGACGACAAAUAUGAACGGCUUGUAG